UCUUCCUCCUCCCUCGGCUUUUCGCAGUUCCUCCUCUGAAAACGAAUCAGUCCACUUCCAUUUUUCCUAUUUUCUCCUUUGAAUUUUGUAAUCUUUUGAAGAAAUUAGAAGAAUUAUUCCUCAUCGGAACCGAUUUCCGCUUCAGAUUGACAGGAAAAGAAGCCAUGGAGAUUGCGAUUUGCGGCAAAUUAGCUCUCUCACCCAACCAUGUCUUCAACCCCAAACCAGGGGACAGAAGUUCUGUCUGUAAAGGGCUAUGCUCAACCCUUUGUGCAUCCGUUGUUAAAUCAGCAACAACAGCAGGAAGAGGAGGAGGAGGGUUGUUGGAGAGGCCUGUUAUUGAGAAAGCCACUCCUGGAAGAGAAUCUGAGUUUGAUUUGAGGAGAUCAAGGAAAACGACGCCACCAUACCGUGUGAUUCUGCAUAACGACGACUUCAACAGACGAGAAUACGUGGUUCAAGUCCUGAUGAAAGUGAUUCCUGGAAUGACACUGGACAAUGCUGUUAACAUCAUGCAAGAAGCACACUGCAAUGGCUUGUCACUGGUGAUCAUUUGUGCGCAGGCCGAUGCUGAAGAACACUGCACGCAGCUCAGAGGCAAUGGGCUGUUGAGUUCAAUUGAACCAGCGAGUGGCGGGUGCUGCUGAACUUCUUCAUCCACUGGGUUAUACGUUUAUGGUGUAUGUAAGUUAGUCUUCAUAACCAAAGGCAUGGAGAUAGGUAGGAAACUGGUAUAAUAUAAGUAUUGGACAACUCUUACUAUAUUUUCUUUGUUUUUGGAGUAAAAAAAAACUUUUUAUUUUUUA